UGAGACGAAGAUAAAGCAGAUGCGUAAGGAGCGUGUAAGUUGCUGAACUCCGGGAGGAGGAAUGAGGCCAGGCGAAGGAACGGUCUCCCGGCCACCGGGAUGGCGACAAGGUCUGUGAUAGCAGAUCCCACACAGCGGCUGCCUGUGCCGGAAAGCGAGACAAAUCUAAACUCCUACUACUGGAUUCGGGGAAGCUGACGUGAAAAGUUUAACGACCCCCCCCCCCCCCAAAUUUAUAAUCUUGAUCAUCAAAGCAACUGUACAUUGUUUCAAAGGCAGUCUUCGUGAAGCCAGGAACCCUGUGACUCAUUCAUAACUUUCAAGAGAAAGACAUCCGGAUAAUUUUUCACUACAGCAACUGAAGGAAUGGCAGCUUUCAAGGUAGAUCCAUCCACAGCAGAAACACCUUGGUUGCUGGUUCCUGUUUUUAUUGGUUUGCUGUUUGUUGUUGUACUGGGGAUCAGCACAGAGUUUCUAAAGGAUUGCUGCAAAGAAGCCAUGAAAGAGAAAAAGAAAGGUGCCACCAAAGAAAAGACUCCAGAAACAGCAACUCAAUCUUCAAAGUUGGAGACCAACAUGGGGUUCAAGAAGAUCGGAUUUACUGAAGAUUUUUUGCUCGCAAAACUACCUCCCAAUGGCAAGGAAGUUCCCUUUGUGGUUCCAAACCUAAGAACAACCUACAUACAGCCCAACUCUCAUUGGAACAAUGAGGAAGCUUUGUCAGUUCUCUCAAGAGCUCAGUACAAUGAAAGAAAAUUGGAGCUGUCCAAUUCUCUUCAAAAUAUGCCAGAUAUCGAUGAUGUGUACAACCCCAAUUAUAUGAUCCCUCCCAUCAUCCCCGGAUCUGCUAGACAUGUACUACCCAAGGGAAAAGCCGUAAGCCCUAAUGGAUCAGCAUGGGAACUGAGAAGCCCAAAACUGAGCAGUACACAAAGUUUAAGCAGUUCCAUGUCGGAUCUCUCGUCUGGCCAGCGAGCACAGAGAUACAGUUCGACAUCCAGUCUAAACAGCAAUGCGUCGUCUUUGAUGGACUCCUUAGGAAGCUCUCGCAGUCUAGAUGGAUUCUCUGAUGAAUUUGGAAAGCUGAAUUUGAGACUUAGUUACAGACCAGACGUGGAACAGAUCUGGAUCACUGUGGUACAGAUUAAGGAUUUGUACCUGUACAACAAACCCACAGAAAAAGUUAAUGUGUAUCUUAAAGGGACAAUAACAAUACCGAAGCCAGUGCAAUUCAAGUCAUCUGUGAAAGACGGUGGAACAACUUUGGUGUUCAUGGAAACGUUUGUGUUUAGCAUCAAACUGCCCCUUCUUCAAACACAUGGCCUGGUAAUCAAAGUCGUUACCCAGCAACCUCGGAAGAGGGUCAUUGGUGAAUGUGCGAUGUCACUCAGAGAACUGUGCAGUGUGGAGUCAGACCUUUGGCUGAGUAUUAAUCCACUGUCAAAGAUCCCGCCCUGCCACGCUCUUCUCCGGGUGGGAACCUGUUUCCAAGCUGUCAGCAAUCGGGUCCAGCUACAAGUCCUGGAAGUCCAGAAUCUGCCAAGUUCCUCACUUCCUUUGACACUAACUUUCUAUGUGAAAAUAAUGAUGGAGACAAAGAAUGGGCUGUUUGACUCAAAGAAGACUCGCCCUCUGAAAGCUGUGAACGGCCAAGUGAAGUGGGGAGAAACAUUUCUCUUCCCUGUUAUUCAAAAUGAGCUCCAGUUCCAGAGAGUUAGUUUUACCCUGAAACUCUACAGCAAGAGUUCGGUCAGAAGAAAGCAGCACUUGGGCCAGGUGGUGAUCGGUUGGGACAGCACUGGGGUGGCUUUGGAACAGUGGCAAGAUACAAGCUCCAAUCCAGAGAAAAUUGUUGUCAACUGGCACAAUCUGAGUCUCACCUGAAGCUGCCACACCGAGCUAAACUGUAACUUUACUGGUCAGACUGGACUGGAAUAUUACUGAAUUGUGUUUUUUAUAAGUAGAUUCACAGGAAACAUUAAUAUGAUAAUACUGUGUUCUUAAUUUGUAAAACCUGACACUGUUCAAGCAUGGAAAAUAUAUAUAUAUAUAUAUAUAUAUAUAAAAUGUUGAAGCAUACAAUAGAAUGUGUUUGAAAUUGCCCAGGGAUUUGGGAUAGUGAUUUCCUAAGCCUCUGGACUGUCUUAACUGGCUAGUAAUGUGUUCCACAUGAUAGUACAUAAAGUCAUUAUAUUUGCUGUAGGUUCUUUCGUUUCAUGGUCAUCAGGUAGUAAAACUUUUUUUCAUGAAUUAUGCCAAUUGAUUAACAACAAAUAUAAAUAAUGUUCUGAUUUAAAUUCUGAGUAUUUAAAAGGGGACUGUUCCAGUUUGUCUGUUAGUGUGUAUUUAUAAGUAGUGACUUUGAAAAGGCAUCUUUUAUGUGAGUUAAUAGUCCUGAGUUUUCUCUUUUCAGUUCAACUUGGACAUUUAUUCUAUGACCCCAGUAUACUGGAGAUGAAAAACUUGAAAUUUAUUAAUGAAGGAUUUUUUAAAAUCUCCAAGUUGUGAAUGAGGAAGAUGCCUUGCAUCAAUAAAAUGUCAGCUGUUUAUUGAGAUAUUAGCACAUUGACUCCAAAUAGAAAAUGAGGUAUUGAGAACACCAUACCCUCCAAAGUGCUAUACUAUUCUGUGUUCUAAAUUGUUAUAACCAUAGUCUUGUAAGCAAAGUAGGAAUUUAUUUUAAACCUGAUGGUGUAUUUUUCUGAAGCUUCCCCCACCAUUACAUAAGCCCUUUAGUUUUUUUUAUACCAGCUACUGAAAGUGAUGUUUCUGAAUUUGUUAUUUAUAUUAACCUGUAUGUUUUAUGUUCAAGCUGUUCUACAGAAUAUAUUAUUGGAUUUCCUUG